UGAUCGUCGGUCGUGUUUAUGAAAGGUUGUCGUCGGAAUUAAAUUUAAAAAAAAAAUUGUGUUGUGCACAUUGUGCGUACUCGAGAACUUGUUUCGCUGUUGACAUAUUAUUUGCGAUCUUGCCCAUUACACUUUUAUAAUAAUUGUGGUUUCCCAUGUGCUUAAUGAAGAGUGUCAUUAAGCAAUUCAACAUAUUUAACGUGAAUUUAUGACGAAAAGGUGAUUUAGUUAGUUUUGACUGUUGGACAUUUCAUAUGCAUGUGUGUGUAGUGAGUUAUAUUAUUGUCAGUUCAAGUGAAAUUGUUGCAAAUUGUUUUGGAAAAUAUUGUCGCGAAUCGGUAAUAUUUCCCUGUCGAUCGGUUGUGUUUUUGUUAAUUGAAAUGGGAACAAAAUAAAAAUAAAAUUAGAAAAAUGAGAAUUUAGUGCAAAUUUAGUGUUCCAUAUUCCAUUGAAAAUAUAAAAUUCAAAAAUUUCUAUGAGUCAUUGAACACACUAUCGUGUCUCUGCGUUUAAUAUUUUCUGGUCUUUCGAUGGGAUUAUUCCAUUAGAAACUCUAUUAUAUACCGAGCUAAACUAUAAACACAACAAGCAGCAACAAAUCGGAUUAAGCAAAAACAUUAUAUUGGAAUUGAGGACACGGAUUACCUCAGUUUGCAUUGAACGACGUCAGCGGAAAAAAAAAACUCAACCAAACGAAGAAUUACAACGAAACCAAAAUGUCGUCGUCUACCAGUACCGCGCGCAUUUCCACUAGAAAAGCAUCAAUCGCUGCACUUCUCCGAUCGGUAAAUGCAAAAUUGCGCUACAAUGAUCGCGAACAAAAAUCGUUCCCACUAUGCCACCACCAAUGAACAACAACCAUCGACGCAACACACCCUCGACGAAAUCAUCCCAUCAACAUUCGGCAGUGCUCGAAACAGUGAAAAGUGUGAUUGUUUCGUACCGCAACGAUCACAGACCAUUGAGGAAUUCAAAAGUGUGCAAUCGCUGAAACAGUUUUGGAUUCACGCCUUCGGUGGCGGUAAUCAUUCGAAACCGGUAACGGUGAAAUGUGUUAGUGACAAUUGUCGCUUGAAGAAAGAAAAAAGUGCAACGCUAAACGGUACAGUGACUCGUCGGACUAAGUUGAAUGAGUGCCGCGGCAAAUCGUUAUCGUUGAAUCGGAAUUUUCAGUUAAGUGACGAUGUGGCCGAUUGUUGCGGUAGUGCACAGUCAGUAGUACAGAAACGGUUGUCCGAUAAUUUUUACAAGUACAAAACGGCUGAUUUAGUGAAAAAUAAUAAAUUUUGUGAACGAAGCUACAGCUCGGACAUUAAAGUUAAAAGUGCCGACAAUUUGUGCGGGACAAGGACUAGGAAUUUUUCCGAUUUUCUUUCGUGCGACGAUGUACACUCCAUUUGUAGUGAUGAAAGUCGAUUAGGAAAAUGUACAGACACUAGUGUUACGGUCAACGAUAAUACCGUGGAAAUGCUUGUAUCAACAACGACACCAGAUAACGUUCCAGAUUUUAAUGAGCGCACCACAAUGAGAGAAAUCGAAACUGAUAACAAUCCCAGCGAUAAGAUGGCGAUUACAACGAAAUUAUCUGCAACAACAAGCGAUAAAAUUCCAUUAUCGCCGAGUUGUAGCAAAAGCACCAACAGCUCAACGAAUUCGUUGUGCAGCGAUUCGCCGCGAAAAUCGACAGCCAAUCAAACGCGUAAAUGCAGUUUUCGCACGAACAGUUUCCAAUUCAAUCGGAAAAUGACGUCGAACGGCGGUGGUAGUACGGUGGCAGCACUGACACAUCGCUUCAACCGGUUGAUACAGAGCGAUGCCGAAAUUCUGGAAGAAGUGAAACGAAACAAGGAAGUGAUCAUUCGCCGGGCCGGUGGUCAUGUGUUUAAGAUUAUGGACGGUGAUGCGACCGUGAAAAAGAAGAGUGCUCGGAAAGUGGAUAGUUCGGACGGAACGUUACCGAAGGUGACGAAAAAGAAAUUGAGUGUCAAACGGAAGGCCAGCGUUAAGGCACAUCCGGUGUCGGUUAAAGAUGCUAUCGAACUAUUCGAGCCGUCCGUCGUCGGUUCGGUGGAUGAGAACAAUAAAUCGGUGAAACGUGAAAAACCGAAAGUGCCGGACAAAAGUCCACAAGUUCUACUUAGGACUAAGGAGAUCGUAAUACGAAAAAAUUUACUGAACAAACCGCCGGCUGUGACAAACGAACUCGCUGCUGAAACGGAUAAACAAACCGUGUUGGAUGAAAUCCAAGAGUGCAACGAAGAAAAAGAUGUUGAGUCGAGUAGAGUGGAUUCGGUGGACACGAAGGAAUCUACUAAUGAGUCUGAAAUCGUCGUUGAAGAUGCAACUCCAACUGCAGUUACAGUUGUUGAUCAACCUUCAGAAGAAUGUCAACCAAAGCCAGCCAGGGUGUACCAACGACUCUAUGCAAAAUUCCGUUUCAAGUCUCCUUUCGUCAAAAAAUUGGAGUCGGCAACUACUUCCAUUCAGGACCUCAAUCCAAUUGAUCAAGUACGAGAAGUGAACAGCUCACGUCUGGACCAAUUUUCGCGAAGCGAACACUGUCUCUCAUGGGAAGACGAGAAGAAUUAUCAGAAAAUGGCCCGCGACAUGAAGCCGAACAAAUCAUUUUUGUUCAGCAAUCCGCCAACCGAUCAAACCACCAAAGUUGUGGAGGCUAUCAAUCCAUGCGUAUUGAACAAGACACGAUCGAUGGACGAAACGCGAUUCCGCAGUAUAUGUCUGAUGACACAGGUGUCACUGGACGAACGUCGAUUCGAAAGCAUUUUACAGGAGACCGACGAUCUGUUGAGUUUAGUCCGUGAGAAUGUGCAAAUCGAAGACGACUACGAGAUAAUAAAGCAUCCGGAUGAUAACACAGAGAAUGACGACGCGUUUGGAUCAUCACAGACUCAGGCAAUCACAUCGUUUGUCCAUGAGGAAAGUAAGCGUUUCAACGAUACGCCAGUCAUUAACGUAACAAGCGACACCCACGACUCGUUUAGCAUAUACCAAAGUAUAUCUGAAGCGAGGUCAAACCAUCACAAGGACAUCGAUUGUGACAGUGUCACAAGCUACGAAUCGUUCGAAAACUACGAAUCGGUGGACGAGACGACCCUUCAAAAAAUUAAGCAGGAAAAUGGCUAUGAAAUAUGCAAUCCACCCAGUCCACCGCCACCACGAAAAAGCGACACAUCGAACGACACAUCAACGGCAGGAAUACCCGCACUACCAGUACCAAAACGUAAUCUCAACCAGUUCAACGAUCUUCAGAAAUCGGAGAGCUCAUCGUCAAACUACGAAAAAAUCAAGUACGAUAAAGCACCGCCACCGCGUCCUCCAAAAUCGCCAUGUCUCUACAAAACUGAGGAUCGGCUGCUCGUGACAAAUGUCGGCGACGAACAUGACUACGACGAGGAAAACAUUUACGACACCAUAAAGAAUGUGGACUGCCAUUCCGUUACGGGCUAUGAAAGCAUCAAUUCCGGCAAUGGAUUUCUGCGGGCCAGAGCAUUGAAGCACUCGGAUUCGGCAUCAACAAUGUCGUCCGAUCAGAAAACGAACAGUUUGUACGGAACGGUGGCGGGCAGACAGAGUAUUACACCGCCGAGCGAAGGUGGCAGUGAGAAUAGCGAUGAUUGGAUGGACAUAUCAGAUGGGGAAGACGAUCGGAAGCAUAAAUUUGUUGUCGUCUGCGAACGUAAGAAACUCAACCGGCCGGAUUGGAGCACUAAAGUGAGAGACCAAAGAAUGAAUCAACAAAAUCAACAGUAUUACGAAGAUGAUUCCGAUCAUUACUAUGAAUCUCUAGACCCAGCCGGUGUCGCUGAAAGGAUCGACACUCAACAAAGUCCUGUUAUGAACAGAACCAAAUCGCCACUAGUCAACCAUAACCUUAGUACGGAUAAUUCACCAGCAACCGUUGUGAACGGAGACGAUGAAUACGAUUCAUUCGAUUCGGACGACGACUCGGAAGACGAUUUUAAGAAGAGUGAUAGCGGUGUGGACAUAAGUAAUACCCGACUGCCAGAGCCACCGACUUCCACAAAUCAAGUCUACGCCUUCAUGCAAAAGCUGAAAAGUUUCGGUUCGUUGUCCAAGAAUCUGACCAAGCUGACAAAGCGAAAGUCGCCGUCAUCUUCCAAAUCCGAAUCGCCUCAACAGCAACCGCAACCGUACGAGACCACACAGUUCUACGUGCGCAACGACUAUCAGAAUGUCGACGAAAAAGACAAACCGAAGAAAGGUCAAACGAAAACACCGCGACCCAGCAAGAAGAAAGAUCAACCAACCGAUCCGUAUGAGAAUUUCGAAUUCCAUUCACCGCGAAUGCCGCCACCACCACCGGCCAUUUCAUCAUCAUCCGUUUCGGAUGUAACUGCAUCUAGUCCGAAUCUGAACGGUUCGACCGACGAUCCGACACAAUUGACGCGAAAGAAGUCCAAGUCGGGCAAAAGUUUCAAAUCGAAAUUUCGUAAGAGUUUGGGCUCGGAAUCGUCCAAUUACUUAACUAGUCCUAGCACUAAUGCACCGGAUGGCGUUAAUGGUAACGCACGCAGCACAUUCUACAUUUCCGAUUCGGUUGACGUGGAUUCUGGCAUCUUCACCAGUUCGGAUAAAGUGGCCAAUCCCGACGAUUCAACCGAUGCCAGUCAACGACCUGUACCAGCUAUAGAAAUUCAACCAGCUCCAGAAGUUCCAGUUAGACGAUCAAAGCGAUUGCUCAGUUCACCGGAACUGAAUCGCCGCAAGAGCAGUCUCGGCAUACGACCAAACAAUCCACCGCCACCGCCACCACCGGCUGGCGAAAAGAGAUCGUCAAAAUCGAAACGAUUCGGUACGACGUCCUGGUACACAGAGUGUGGCGUUUUCAAGGCUGACCAAUUGAUCGAGCAGUCCGUUGAGAGCACGCCGAAAGUGUCAUCGAAAAAGGAACGGAACACCAGCACAUCGUCGUGGUAUGCGGACGCUGGACUGUAUCAAACUAGUGGAGCGUCGGAAGCUAGUUCUAGUGGCAGUUCCGGUGUUUCGACGGGAGGAGAAUGUGGUCCAGGCGAUGAUAAUUCGCACAGCAUGUUCUUGAACGAACCGUUGUACCAGAUCUAUUCGGCAGCUAAGCUGGAGUCAAUAAACAAAGACAUUGAAGAGAACAGUGACGGAUACGAGGAAAUCUCAGCGAAUCAUCGUCCAGAUGAGGAGAAGAAACAAGUUCGUCCGUCAGCUUUGCAACUCGUCGGCCCGAAAGGUCCUUCCCGAACGUUGUGGUGUGAAAUUCCAGAAGUCAUCAAUUCUCAGAUACUCUUAACCUUAACGCCAACCGAAAAACGUCUUCAAGAAGCGAAAUUCGAGAUCCUGACUUCAGAGGCUUCCUACUUGAAAUCGCUUACGCUGUUGCGCACACACUUCAUGAACCAUCCAGCCUUCCGGGACACCAACAUACUGAGCGGCAGUGAUCGCAAGACGCUGUUCUCGUUCAUCAUAUCCGUGCAGGAAUGUUCGGACCGUUUGCUGUGCGAUUUGGAGAACUGUUGGCAGGACAAUAUCAUGCUGUUGGGACUGAGUCACAGCGUGUACAAGCAUGCGGAAAAGUAUUUCAAUAUCUAUGUGGCGUACUGCGAGCAUCAAGGCAAACUGGACCGGACAUUGAAGAAAUUGAAAGAAACGAAAAAUUCGUUCUGCCAAACACUGGAAACAUUGGAGAGCGAUCCGGCUUGUUGUGGUCUGAGUCUUCACUCCUUCCUCAUGUUACCAAUGCAGCGUAUCACCCGGCUUCCGUUGCUCGUCGAUGCUGUUCUGAGUAAAUUGAAAACCGACGACGACGAAUUCGACAGCUGGAAAAUGACGUUGGCCAUUUUGAAUAAGAUUGUCAGUCAAUGCAACGAAGCGGCGAACCGUUGCGAACAGGCCUACGAAAUGGAAAUUCUGUCGCGACAAAUUGAAUUUCCACCGAACAUUCGACCACUAGCUAUACAACCAGUCGGUGUGCCAGCUCCAGGCACUGUUCCCCGAUCGCUGGUGCGCCGUGGCGAAUUGAUUCACCUGGUGUGGCGUGGUGACGAUGGCAAACUCACAUUCGGCAAAAAGUUCACCAAGACGAGCGUCUAUGCGUUCCUGUUCACCGACCUACUGGUGCUGACGAAGAAACGGCAUGAGGACGCAUACACGGUGUUCGAUUACUGUUCGCGAUCGCUGUUGACCGUGUCUUCAGGUGAUGUCAUUCCACAACUACCAACCAAAGAGAUUACAAUGGCCGGCAAACACUUAAUUCUGAUGACGUUGAUCGAGAAUCACGACGGGAAAAUGGUUGAAAUGAUUUUGUCCUGCGCAUCAGAAACGGAGCGGCAACGUUGGCUUCAUGUAACCGAACCGCCACUGUCGGAAAAUCCCGACGAAAAGGUCUACGAACAGUGGGACUGUCCGCAAGUGAUGGCCAAGCAUACGUAUCUCGGUCUGCAGCCGGACGAAUUGAAUUUGGAUCCGGGCGAUGUGGUCAACGUAACGAGAAAAAUGGCCGACGGAUGGUAUCACGGCGAACGAAUUCGUGACGGUGCACAGGGCUGGUUUCCCGGCAAUCAUACCGAAGAAGUGGCUUCUCCGCAUGUCCGAGCCAGAAAUCUGAAACAACGUUACCGUCUGCUUACAUUCACUGCCGCGUACUACGAGUCACAGAAGAAGAAAUGAGCGGGGGACAUUUGAAAUUUCGUGGCGCCAAUUUUUUU